AUGCAGUUUAUCAGUCACACUUUCGUUGUGUUUAUAUUGCUCGUCAAUCGAUACAGCAAUGGAGAUCGCACGUUUAUGGCAUAUUUUGAAAAUGAAAUGCAAAAAAACCGCAUCGAGCUAGCGAUGAUGCCGAAUGUUCGCGAAUCGCUGGAUGAUUGUCACAUGAGAUACUAUAAACACAAUAUUCCAACGCAAAAGUAUUCCACUUUCGAUCGCCCUCGUUUGAAGUUCCGCGAAUUCCCCCAUCUAGCAUCGAUUGGGUGGACCGGAUCGGAUGGAACAGUGCAGUGGAAUUGCAUCGGAACGCUUGUGUGGGAGAACUUUAUCUUAACUACGGCUCGCUGUACUAGCAAUGAAAAUCUCGUGGCCCCCGAUGUGACGCGUAUGGGAAAUCCCAGCCAACAGGCAGCCGGUGAAGUGCAACAGAUAAAAAUCGCCGAAGUCAUACGUCACGCGGAGUACAGGGAGGGUGUUCGGCGCCAUGACAUUGCGCUGUUGCGCUUGGAGGCGAAGGUUGAGCUUGAUGCUACGGUUAUUCCGGCUUGUCUGUGGAACAAAGAAGAGAUGAACUUUCGUAUCAUGGAGGCGGUUAGAUGGGGUGCGUCCGGAUCUCCAACUGUUUCGAAAGUAAGCGUUCGUCCUGUUCCAGGCGAUUGUGAGCGAGCGGUGGAAAUGAGUUCGGCUCGUAGCAACGACACUGUGCAGAGUUCUGAUCUAUGCGUUGACAAUGUGGACGCGGAUUCAUGUUUGAGUAUUUCCGGCGGAUUUCUUCAAGUGUCGCUACACCACAAUUCUAAGAUGUCUCCAUUCGUCACUGCGAUCGGUUCGCCCUCCAGUGGUUCCUGCGCACAAUCGAAACCUUCUCUCUACACCAAAGUGUCCCCAUACGUCCAAUGGAUACGUUCAACCAUUGAGGCUAGCGGAGAAUCAGCAUGGGAGUGGAAGUUUAGAGAAGCUGAGUGUGCUCUUCGCAACGUGAACCUAAGACACUACGAACAGGAUGUUUUGAUUGGUGAAACGGACACCAACGUGUUGGUAACACCGGCCAGCAGAAACAUAGAGCCAAAAUACACACAUGCAAUGGCUGAAAUACACUUUGGAUACUUCAUGAGCCAACAGGAAUGUUACGGACUGAUCAUCGACCAGGACACCGUGCUGACGUUAGCUCAGUGCACCACAAAAUAUGGGAAACGAGCCAAGUACUUGAUGUACCUGGGCAACGAGCGUAACAGUGUUGUGAACCAUUACAACCAUCCGGGAUAUCGUGAGGGACAGCUGUACAAUGACAUUGGGUUGUUAAAGACAAAAAUGCAUUUCACGUUUUUUGGUUCCUUCGUACCGCACUGCAUUUGGCUUGGAGACGAACUUCCCGAUGACACGGUGGAGCUGUCCGGUAUUGGUAGGCGCGAUCUUAACCACUUCAGCCUGCACGAUCAGUCGGUGGAUGUGUUUGAACCUCAAACCACCCAGCUGAUAUCCAGUGCUAAUGUACUACCAUUCGACAACUGCUCCUAUCCGGAGGAGUUCUCGGUGAGCUUACAGCGAGGAUUAACUGAGGAGCAUUUAUGCUUCGGUAACGAACCGUACCUUGUGCCGGAAACAUGUGAUCAAGCACGCGGUGGUCCAAUCGGAGGAAAAGUGAACAAAUUCGACAAACAGUUCCAAUAUGCGCAGGCACUGCAUUUGUUUGGACGAGACUGUGGCUUUGGUUGGGCUGCAGUAGGGGUACGGCUCGCAUCCCAUGCUCACUGGCUAAAGUCGAUAUUGCUACCAGACUACAGCAAAGACAGUGGAUCACUACACUUCUUCAAUUCAGAUGUGGCAGAAAAUGACACCUGCCGACAUGUGGACGGUACGGAUGGAGUCUGCGUGGAUGUGGCAAGAUGUCCCAAGAUACGGUACGAAUUCUCCGUCAACCGAAGGGUGGUGUUUUGUACCUCUUCUAGUGUGGUUUGCUGUCCGUAUGAAAAUAUGUUGAAUGUAACGUCACCAGCUGGUCGGGAGUUGGAUGAAUGUGAAGAUCGCUACAAGAAGGAUCGUCCACGCACAAACGAACGAUUGCUGGAAACUGGACUCAUUGCUGACGAACAUCCACAUCUUGUCUCGAUCGGUUGGAAGAUGAACGGAGAUGGAAAAAUGCGUUGGGAUUGCAGGGGAACCAUCAUCACGCCGAGGGCCAUUCUGACGAGUGGGAAAUGUUUACAUCGGCAAACAAACUCCCCGUCUGCUGUUAGGCUAGGAAUGAAUGAUACAGCACCGAUAGUGGAUGUACAACGAACAAUCAUACAUCCAGCGUAUGAUCCAGUCACGGGCAAGAACGACAUAGCAGUGAUUAAAUUGAAGGAUUCAAUUGCACAAAGAUCUGCAACGAAAUUUCCCGCCUGUGUCUGGACCAAUCAAACUCACACACCUUUCCAAAUGAUUCAGCUGCUGAUCAACGAAACGGAAGACUCUUACGUUUUCCCUACGGCCAAGUACAACGCGGAUUGCGGUGAAUUAGUGGAAGGAAUAGCUUCGAGCCAGCUUUGUGUUGACGUGCAGCCUCCCAAUACGGUCGUUUCGGAAGGAGAUCCUAUGUUUUGGUCUGCAACGCUAGAGGACGGUACGCGCAUGCAGUAUUUGGUGGGAAUUAUGAGUCAUGCUGCAGGCAAUGACAAAUCGGUGAAUGUUCACAGUCGUGUAUCAUCAUACGUUGAAUGGAUUAAGAGUGUUUUAUAGAUGAUCUAGUGGUGCGAGCGGUACAGACAACAUUGAUAUUCAAUAAAAUAGGAAGAUGAAACCUGAAUCAAACACUAACAAACCUAGAAAGCGGAAAGCUGGUUCACGUUAUGUAAAGCGAUGAUGAUCCUCUUCGCUACAAAACCAGAUGUCCAUUACAAAACCUUAAUCAGCUAGCGUGUUGGAAUGUGUACAGAUAGCUUGUUAUGAAAAUAAAACCGGUUAUCG